GCCCGCGAGUGAAAAUGUGCCGCGAUUGAGCUCCUCACCGGAAGCUGCCGGACCUUUGCGAUCGCCAAUUAGUGCUCCAUUAUCGUUCCGUUGGGUGGGUUAUUAGAGGCAGGAAUUAGGUGAAAGCUUAGUUUUGUGAAGUGCAAACACGCCAUCACCCGCCAUGCAUACGCCCGGGUCGUCCGUGUCGGGCUACGCGCUGCUGCUGAUCGUGCAGGUGGUGUUCAUCAUCGUGUUCGGAGUCUGCACUGACUACGCCAAGGAGGUGUUGCCGCCAAAGAAUGAAACGGUCAGCGCCGAGCCCGCCGAGGAGAGCAGCCUGCGAAAGUAUCCGCAUUUCCAGGACAUCCACGUGAUGAUCUUUGCCGGGUUUGCGUUCCUCAUGACGUUCCUGAAGCGGUACGGGUUCAGUGCCUCGGGCCUUAACCUGCUCGUGGCGUCCCUCGUGAUCCAGUGGGCCAUCAUCAUGCGCGGUUGCUACGAGAUGGAGGAUGGCAUCAUCCCGAUUUCGCUGGGCAACCUCAUCGGGGCCGACAUUGCGGCGGCGGCCGUCCUCAUCAGCAUGGGGGCGGUGCUGGGUCGUACGACCCCGAUGCAACUACUGAUCAUGGGCAUCAUCGAGAUUGCAAUUUUCGCCGGCAACGAGUACCUCCAGCUGGAGCUGGUGAAGGCGGUCGAUGUCGGUGGGUCCAUUACGGUCCACGCGUUCGGUGCGUACUUCGGACUGGCCGUCAGCUUUAUGUUGCGACCGGCGAAGCAGUCCGCCAAGACUGGGCCACUCGAGUGCUCUUCGUACAGCUCGGACCUCAGUGCCAUGAUCGGCACGAUCUUCCUGUGGAUCUUUUGGCCCAGCUUCAACUCGGCGCUCGUCGACGGGGCGGACCAGGAACGGGCCAUCAUCAACACGUACCUGUCGCUGGCCGGUGCGACCGUGACCACCUUCGUAAUGUCGGCGCUGGUGGCGCACGAGCACAAGUUCGACAUGGUGCACGUGCAAAACUCGACCCUGGCCGGUGGUGUGGCCGUCGGUUCGAUCUGCAAUCUAAUGAUCCACCCGUUCGGGGCCCUGAUCGUCGGCGUAACCGCGGGAGUCAUCUCCGUGCUCGGCUAUCGCUUUCUGACGCCAGCACUAAUGUCCAGCGUGCGGAUUUCGGACACGUGCGGCGUUCACAACCUGCACGGUAUGCCCGCGAUACUGUCGGCGAUUUUCUCCUCGAUCUAUGCUUCGCUCGCGACCGAAGAAACGUACGGCAGCUCACUGGUCACGAUUUUCCCCGCCAUGCAAGCGCCACACAAGCUGGAAAAUCCGCUACACUACGUUGUCGGGGGCUACGGACGCUCGGGAGCGAAGCAGGCCGUGUUCCAGCUGAUGGCGAUCGGGCUCACGUUGGUGAUUGCCGUUGUCGGUGGCCUUAUUACGGGAUUGAUACUCAAGUCACCCUCAGUACGAGUGUUGGAAGAGGUUGAGCUACACAAGGACGACGUCUUCUGGGAAACACCAUCGGAAGAGCCAACGAUGAGCAGCACUAGCGAACCUCCACCUCAGCAAGAGGGUACACCUCAUUAGCAGUAUUUACUUUCUACAUCCUACGGGUAGACCACAUCGCCGGAAAAGAGCAUAAUAAAGGAAAGGUUCCACCAGGAGCUAGUGGUAACUCUGCGUGAACGACUUCUCUCCUUCGAAGCGGGUGCCGAUGGUGCAUCGAUUUCUUAUUGAAAUGCAAGAUCAAAUCGCCGACGGUAAUCGAAUAAAUUUAAACAUUACUAGCGUGUCUAUCAGAGUGCGUGCAUCGGGCCUCCGCCCCGUUGUGGACACGUUGGACGGAACGGAAUCUCCACACUUGGGGCCGAUGGCGGUGUUUUUCUUUAUGCCCUGCUUCCGUCUGCACGCUAAGCUCACAUUUUAUCACGCGAUCAUACCAAGCGAGCCAGCGAGCUCGGCUUUUCUCUAAUAAGCCUGGCCACCGUCAGACGACCGGGCAGAACCGACGACCGAAAUGCGUAAAAAAGAAAUAAAAACACACACAUUAUGUAUGCGCCACGCCAGCAUAAAAUAAUAACCGACGGCCGCCUUGGGAGGACAAUCCAAUUAACAGUCGCACGGCGCGAAUCGGUCCAGGUCCAAUAUUUUGGGACGUGACAUUUGCACGCUUUAGACGC